AGCGCAACGUUUGUAGAUAGUCUAUGUAUCUAUGAAAACAGUUCUCGUGCUUUUGUUGUUUGUCUGCCAACCACAAAGUUUUCGGUACAUAAAUAUUCAUACUGCCGUACAUGUGAGUUUAGAGUCGGUGUAGCGUGGCCCUUUCAGUGCGGAAUAAACCCAGCUCAUAUUGCUGCCUGUCGCCCACUUGGAGAAUUUCACCUCGUGGACCUAACGACCAUUUAGAAGGUCGACGUCUCAGACAGUUGUAUAGUGUGAGAGAAGAGAAGGAAUCAGGCAGACAUGAGCUGACGACAUUCUGGUCGUCUUAAGAUUCCUGGCAAUAUCCUGAUCUGGUCCUGUUGGGAUUAUUGGGAGAAGAAACUCAGAUACAAAGUUCCUGCUACAUCCCGGAUAAACUUUAACGCGGAGGGGAAGAAGGCGUGGACGGAGUCGUUACCACAGAAGGUUCCAGAUUCCGAUUGGACGCGCGAGGUACCUCAGCUUCCCUCACCCCCUUCAGCGACACCCCAGGUGGUCGAGGCGUAGAUGAUACGACCUUAACAUGUAUUUUGACAAAGCGACCUGUGACGGCCACUCGACACAAAUCAACCGUAUCCCAACUGAUUAAAUGCAUUAACGCCUUUCUCGGUCACCGGGAUGUUCGUGGUGACAGAAGCGACUCUGAGCUGAUUAGACCUCGGAUCAUUCCUAACAAGCACUUGAUACAGUAAAUUAGUCGCGUUAAGUUUACAAGGAAGAGAGCUAUGUUGUACUUCAGCGAGCCAGUGCCUUACAACUUUUCCGCGACCUCUGCGUCUUCUCACGGCACUCACCAGCACUACAAAACCGAGCUACCCCCUUCUCCCUCAUGCUGCUAUUACAGUAACAGGGCCCAAGGACCCCACCUCCCGGGACACGCUACCAUUAGACCACAGUCGGGCUGUGUCAGGGUCGGGGAUAAUCUCGUAGGAUACCCUCGGGCCGGCCACCCUUACACGAGCGUCGAAUGUACGGGAUUCCUGCACAAGCCACCCGGCAGAGCCAAAGGGUGGGUCAGCAACGGUCCGUGGCAAGGCGAGGCAGGAAGUUGGGACAAGUCCGACGACGGCCAUGGAGGGGUGAAUCAGCUGGGUGGCGUCUUCGUCAACGGCCGUCCACUGCCGGACCUCGUCCGCCAACGCAUCGUGGAGCUCGCUCAUCAGGGGGUCCGACCCUGUGACAUCUCCAGGCAACUAAGAGUCUCACACGGUUGUGUCAGUAAAAUACUAGGCCGGUAUUAUGAAACGGGAUCAAUCAAGCCUGGCGUUAUCGGCGGGUCCAAACCAAAAGUAGCUACGCCCAAAGUCGUAGACGCCAUUACAAUGUACAAACAAGAAAACCCAACUAUGUUUGCAUGGGAAAUCCGCGACCGCCUAUUAUCGGAGGCCGUGUGUUCUCAAGAAAAUGUCCCCAGUGUUAGCUCCAUCAACAGAAUCGUCCGAAAUAAAGCUGCUGACAAGGCCAAAAAGAGUGGCGAUAUAAGCCCGGGUCUGCCGUCCGACACGCCCACCUCUCCCGGCUCCCAGCCGCCCACCCCCGGGAAUGAAGGCACACCCAGGACCGUAGGUUACUCCGUUAGCAAUAUCCUGGGCAUCAGUGGACAUUCCCCACCAUCCAGUUCACCCAGCGAAUCUUUAAAGAGAAAACAAGAGUCGGAACCGAUUCCAAACGGCCAUGGGGAAGUGGACAACGCUGAUCAUAUAUGGUUCAGUCGUUCCGUAAAGAUGCCCCGCUCUGACAAUAGUCCGCCCGUGGGUGCCAGUGGACAAGUUUACCCCAUUGCCGCACAGCCUUACCCUUCCCAGCAGUACCCAGUGGUCACCUCGGCCGAGUCUCAGGACGUCAAAGACUUUAAUGUGAUCACAGCUCCAUUGAGCACAAUAACGACGGAAUCAGAGACUGCAGGCGUAACCUUCACUCCGUCAGUCGACGUGUCGUUGGUGCCUCUUCACCAGCUCCACCACCCCGAUUUGAAGCAGACCCAUGUGAUCCACAGAGACGACCAGAUGACCACACACUCCCCCAAUAGCACUUACGAAGCCAACAAUAACGAGCCCACAAUCCCGCCAUCCCCCUCCAAGCCUGCCACCCCAACAAGCGCUACCCUCACCGAGUUGAAGCCAGUCCAGUCGUCAGCUCUUUCCCAAUCUUACCCAAUUCCGCUUCCGCCUUUCGGCAACUUCUCAAAUCAGUCUAAUUACAAUAGCAAUCACUCGACAUAUCCGGGACAAACCAUCUGUCCUCCCUUGGUCAUCUCGCAAGUGUCCAAUAACUACAGCACAGCAUCCCCGGCAGAGUACAGCUACACUUCGCCUGCCUAUACUCAAUACAGCGCGGGUCAUUAUCACGAGGGUUCGUGGCCCAUGCGAUACAGCAGCACCAAUCUUCCCAUGUCCGGGCAGACGACGUCCCAACUCCCGCCACAGGAACAUACAAGGCCUAACGACGCCAGCCUCAAUGACCUGCGCAGUAAAGCCAAGGAGUAUUCGGCCGCCAUCUACGCAUCCAGCUCCCAGCUCUCCUACUGAUGGAGGCGUGGCCUAGUAUUCACGUGAUGGUAGUCACAUGAUAAGAGACACUCUCGCAGCCACUCCAGUGACUGCAAACCGGCGAUAUGGGCUGUGACUGCGAAUCGCGACAACGGAUGGUUUUUGGGCGAACAAAGUGUCAGAUUGGCGGUGGCAGUCUGUGACGUCAUGAAAACUGACUAUUAUGACACCAGGCUAAUCAGUAACUACGCCUGGACAGUAGUCGCCUGUGUGCUCAUCACGUGCUGGACAGAUGAACUGAUCACAUCAAAACUGACGAUAAGAUGAAGACUAUGAAAUAUAUAUAUCUAUGUAUAUCUAUAUAUUACUCUAUAUGUACAAGAUUAAUUGUACAGUUGUCGACUUGGAGACGAUGUCGGUUAUUAUGAGCACUGACUGCUAUUCCUCGCUGAGUGGUCAGGCUCGAAAAUGUUAAGGCUAGAAAAUUGUAAAUAAAUGUUAUAAAAUAUACAGUAUAGAUUAGAACCCUCUACUUCGGUUAGGUUUAUUGGAGAAUAAUUAGCCUUACUAAAUUCAAAUUCUAUAUCCAAUUAUAUCAUGAACAGAGUUUUAAAGCGUGUACAUACACAGUACAAGGUCGUUUGGAUAUAGUUUAGAGCUAACGAUAUCAGAAGUUUUAGUGAAAUCUUGUUUUAUCGUAGUUGAUAACUAAUUCGAAUCCCACAGUAUUUUAUCGGGGAUAUUACAGCAUUAAUGCAGAGAUUCUCGCCACUUGGUGACUAUAUAAAUUAUUGACCAAUGAGAAGCCGAGAAAUUCCCUGGCCAUUCUCAUCUACAGCUCACUUCCUGGUAUUUGCUCAAAAUAUAAGUAUUGAACAGACUGACAAAAUCUGUGGGCACCCAGAUGAGAAUACUUGUAGUAUACAUUCGUAUUUUAAGUUUAGUUUACAGAAUGCCGAAUAUUUGUAAAUAGUUUUCUUUAUCUAAUUUUAAUAUUAACCCAGCUGACUGUUCAGCGUUAAUUUUCAAUGCAUCCUAUAUCAUGUACAACUAUUUUUAUAUCUGAGUGAAGAACUGUGGCGUUUUGCCUGACGAGUUAGGCGGAGGGCAAAUUGUUCCGUGUGCUAUAAACAUAGUGUGGUGCUACAUCCUAGUGCUUAGGCUGUUUACAGCAGCACACGAUUAUCAUUACUGUGGCCACACAUUCCGCGAGAGAAAUCAACCCGUCUCUAGUUUUCGUCCAGCUUAAAUAGUGGCAUUCCAGGAACUAUUGUCAGCAGGGAUAAGAUUGUGAUGUGCCCUUCCCUCUGACGUACCCGGGAGUAGUCACUUGUGCAAUACAAACUUACUGCUGUUGAGACUGUCGUCCUUGGUAAGCCUCGACAACUGACAACAAGAGUAGUAUGGUACUUAAUAUCGGCUGAUAUCUUAGGACAAUGGGGCACAUAGAACGGAUCGGCUGUCUUGUGAUGUACACUUUUGAUAUUUUAACCACAUAUGUCUGUUUGCAAUUGUAGAUGUAGACUUUAUUUUUUAUUUCACCCAUCAUGUGUUGUUAAGUAUUUCAGUGAUUGGUGCAGAUAUUUUCUUUAUUUUUUAAGACAUAUUAUAAUUUGCACAAAUCCUAUUGUGUUGGAUUGGAGCGGGACGUGUGCACCGUUUGCUCAGUGUAUACACUGCUUUCUGAACUCUACAGGGCUCCUCUGUUCAGAUACUCUGUACUCCCACACAUUCAUUCAGCUAGGGCAGCAAGUACAACUAAAGAAACUCCACAUCAUUUAACUCCAUUACUUUUAACCCACAAUCGCCAUUCACCAAUAUUUUGUAAUACUCCAAACAAAUUUUAUGUUUUACUUAGACGUAUCUUGACGAGGAAGAGAAAAUGAUUUGUCGGUUAUAUAUUUUCAUCAAUGUAUGUAUAUAUAAUAAAACUCUGUGACGGAGAAAUUGGUUAAGCACUGCAGGGGUUUGUGGGACUUUCAAUCUGGUCAUCCUACGUUGUAGCCAUGUGUGUUAGUAAUGUCAUUGUCACACCAAUAUGUGACCCAUGUCAUUGUCACACCACAUAUGUGACCCAUGCCAUUGUCAAACCAAAUAUGUGACCCACGUCACAUGUGUUACGCGCAAUGUCAUUGUCAAACCGAAGUUAUGAUAGUGCCAUGUGUUAGCAAUGUCAUUGUCACAGCAGAUAUGUGGCCCAUAGCAUUGUCACACCACAUACGUGACCCAUGUCAUGGUUACACCAAAUAUGUGUCUAUGUGUGCUGACAAUGACAUUGACAAUAUACCAUGGCCGGGAUCUGUGCUGAUAAUGUCAUUGUCUACGUUUUACUUUGACCAUACUAAAAUUACUGUUUGGUUGCACGCAGUGUUGUCAUUGUGUGUGCGGAUAUCUCCUUCCAUCUCCAGUCUUGCCACUUGUAUCGUCAUCACGGGCUGCCAUUAUAUACCACACGAUAGACAAGCUCUUCAGAAUUCACCAAGAGCUCAUCCAUUCCACAUCUGAUUCUCAUGCCCAUGAUACGAUACAAAUAAAAUCAUC